CUUCUUCAUAUUCAUCUAUUCCUUGUAUGCACAUAUCCUUUAUAGAUACACAUUUUCCUUGCACACAUACACACACAUGCGCACACACAACCGACCAGUGAAGUGAGAUGUGACACAAGAAACAAAGCAACAAAUAGCUCAAUUGAAUGCUAGCGGAGGACCCUGACCACCCGGCAAUCCACAUGCCCACCUCCUCCCCACCGACACGCAUCCGCCACCUCAGCCUGUCGGGUGUCCGGAGUGGCUUGAUGGAAGAGGGAAACAGUGAUGAUGGGGCUGAGGGAGGAGGAGCCCUAUCCCACAACCCCACCACCACCUUCUCACCUCCCCCUCGGCCGCCCCCCAACCUCGGGCUGCGUCACCCCCGUGCGCUGGUGUUCCUGGCCCUGUGGUACGUGUUCAGUGGGUUCACGCUCUUCCUCAACAAGUAUAUCCUCACCUACCAAAAGGCGGACCCGCAUGUGUUGUGUGGCAUGCAGAUGUUCAUCACCAUGCUGUGUGGCCUGGUGCAGCUCAGGUACCCGCUCGGCACCUACAAGCCCGUGGUGGGACAGCGCAAGCCGGACAACUUCAGGAGGGGCAUGUUCAUCCUCGGCCUGCUGCAGCUUGGCACCAUCAUGUUUGGCCUCAUCGCGAUCUACUACGUGGCCGUCAGUUUUGCCGAGACGGUGAAGAGCUCAGCGCCGAUAUUCACUGUCCUCAUAGCCUGGCUGCUGCUUGGUGAGAGGACGAGCUGCUUUGUGCUGGCGUCGCUGGUGCCGGUGAUGGCUGGCCUGGCCCUUUGCUCCAGCCAUGAGCUCUCCUUCUCCCUCACCGGCUUCCUCUGUGCACUGGCCACCAACCUGUGUGAGUGUCUCCAGAGUGUGGUGUCCAAGGGCCUCCUCUCGCAGCGCACUUACAUCUACAGUCCCGCUGAGCUCCAAUUCUACCCCAAUUUGGCGGCCGUGAUGUUGCAGCUUCCGACGUGGUACUUCUUGGUGGACGUCGAGCGGCUCACACAGCAAAUGGACCGCAACCUCCUGACGGCCAUAGUGCUCGAUGGGAUCUCCUUCCACGGCCAGACCAUCACAGCCUAUGUCCUCAUGUCCUAUGUUAACCCGGUUACUUAUAGUGUCGCCAACACCACCAAGCGAGCCUGUCUCAUAUGGCUGUCGGUGGUGAUAUUUGGCAACCCCGUCACGCUGCUGAGCUGGGUGGGCACGGCGGUUGUGGUGUGCGGUGUGCUGUUGUACGGGCGCGCGAGGGAGGUGGAGGAGCGGAGGCGGGAACUCUUCUCUAUCCCCCGAGAGAAGAUGGAGGCUGUCAGAUAGUGCCGGACAGAGAGAGAGAGAGAGAGAGAGAGAGAGAGCCCAUAAAGUAUUUUCAGAGUUUUAAGGCAGCGUAAGAUAAUUAACUAUAUUUUCUGUCUUUUCUCGUUCUUUUAUAUUUUUCCUUAAUUCCUUUUUCUACUUAGUGUAUCGUUAGUUAUGUCAUUAGUGUUAUUUUUUUUGUUUUUAUUUUGAUUAUUCUAUUUAUUGCUCCAUUAUCAUUAUUUUUAGUAGUUGUGGUAUCAUUUUUAUUUAUUUAUUAUUAUUAUUAUUAUUAUUAUUAUUAUUAUUAUUAUUAUUAUUAGUGCUACAAACGGUGCAUCUACAACAAUUACUCAAUCAGUAUUUUAACUGCUUAGCACUUCAAUUGAUCUACUUUUCAUAAUUACUUUCUUACAGGUUCAUUUUAACGGUCCAGAGUCCUACACAGACACCUUUCAUGAUGUUAAAGAUUUUAAUACUGGCAAUCAUAAUAUUUUACUCAUUAUGAUCCAUUUAAACAUUUUAGUAUUGUGUCCUUUCGUUAAAGCAGACAUAGGCAGUGUUCAGCUCACUUCCGUUGUGCUAAUCAAAACUAAAGAACAUCGGUGUGCAUAUACGAGGAAGGGGGAAGGGGCAGCAAGUCUAACAGGAUUAUAUGAAAUGACUUUGUGAAUGCCUAUAUACGAGGGAGGGGGAAGGAGGAGCAAGUCUAACAGGAUUAUAUGAAAUGACUUUGUGAAUGCCUAUAUACGAGGGAGGGGGGAGGGGCAGCAAGUCUAACAGGAUUAUAUGAAAUGACUUUGUGAAUGCCCAUAUACAAAUUCUAUUCUUCAUUCACUUAAAACAUAAUAACUGGUGAGGAAAGGUUUGUCCAUUUCUGAGUGCCCCCCCCCCCACCUCAACCCCCUUCUCUAAAUAUCGUCACCCUCAUAAAAUAAUCGCCUGAGUCAUUUUUCAGCGAUUUCCAGUUUUUGUCUACAUCAAUUUUUUAACAUGUGAUGGACAUUUUUGUACGGUUGCCUUCGUCAUUCAGGGUUCGAGCGUUCUAGAAUUGGCCUUUUCAUUUCUGCCUAAAUAUUAAGCCAAAUGAGAUGAUGAUAGUUCUUUUCCUAUUUCCUGUAAAGUAGAAAAUAAUGACCAGCGCUUUGCUUACGAAGGUGACGAUAUGCUACUUCUCAAAAAGGCAGUCUCAAAUAAAUACAUUAAUUGCAAUUAUUUAAAUGCAAUAGUUAAAUCUAACUUACUGUUUCACAAACAAUUAUUUUUUUCUCCAUCCUUAAUAUUUAUUCUGUGAUUUAGGAAAAGAAAAGAAUUGGAAUAGGGCAUUUUAAUUAAGAUGUGAUGUAAUUUACUUACUUUGCCAUUAUUUAAACAAUUACUUCCAUUUUAUUUUUAUUAAUUACAUACUUUCAUUAUAUAACAAUCUCUAUUUUACUUUUCAUUAUUGUGUCUGUGAGGUUUUGUAUGAUUCUUGUAGUUUUAUCAAGGUGGAUUCCCCAUCACCUGCAAUGCACCCGUGAAUGCAAGCAAGAUUCUGUUAGAGGCACAGCGCUGGACGUACGUGUGUGUGCUUUCUCAAUCUCGGUAUUUGUUUGUGUGUGUGUGUGUGUGUGUGUGUGGUGUUAUUUAUUUAUUUAUUCAUUCCGAGUGUUUUCUUUUUUUUUCUUACAUUAAUUAAUAUUCUAAGCUUCUUUCAGCCAUUUCUCGCUUCUAGAAAGUUAAUUUUGCAGUUACUGAUUUUUCAUUCCAUUUUGGGUCUUAGGUUUAGGCGCCGAGCUGCAAAUUUGGUUCCUCUUUUGACCAACUAAUUAUUCCUAAGUGUUUGAUUUACUGGUGUUAUUUCAAUAUUUUAAUUGUUUGAUCUUCUUAUUUAAAAUUAUCCAGUUACUGAUUUAUUUGUGUGCUUUUAUUUAUUUUUUCUAAGUAUUGCUUGUAAAUUAGCAUCACUGAUUUACUUAUUCUUUUAUUAAUUUUUUCUAAGUAUUUCUCGUUUCCCAUUAUUGAUAUCUACUCUUAAGCAGUUUUUAAGCUAAUUUUCCUACUUUUUAAUAUUUCCAUUCCUGCAGUGUUAAGUUUACUCCUCAUUCACUUCUUCUAUUCAUAAACGAGAACUUCCCUCACUCUUUAAUAGUUGAUUUCUCUGAGCAUAUGCUACAAUGUUCCUUCUCUCUUACUUACAUUCUGUCUGGGGCACAACUUUUAUACAUAACGUUCAUGACAAUAAGGAUGUUUUCCAUUAUUUUUGUAGUGAGGCAGCAACGAGGAAGCCGUGCGUGGGGGAAGGUUCAUAAGAAUGUGUAACUUGCGGCAAACUCUUGACAUCCAAAAGAGAAACUGUGAUGGCACGCUGGAAAACCUCGUACAUGCCAGAUUCUUUAAACGUCAUAUCGGUAUUUAUCGUCAGUACGGUGGCUAGUUUGGCUUAUUAAUUCCUAUCUUGGACUGGAGUUAAAUAGAAGUAUGUAUUGGAUUUUACAGAUAAGUCUACAAACUCAGUCUUAAAAAUUAAUACAAAAAUCAACAAAAACAACAACCACACCUAUAAAAACAGACCUAAAAAGACAAAUCACCCACAGUAUUGUUGAUAAAGACUAAUCGAUGUUUAAAUAAUCUGGCAACAGUUUCACAAUGGCCGAGACUUGCACCCGAGCCUCAGAUAAGAAACAAGGCAUCUUAUUACUCCUUAGUUUGCUUAGUGUAUGCUGUGUCACGCCUCCCAAUAUGCCUGAGAGUACAGACUUGAUUUCAGAACAUGGUUGGCUAGUGAUGGCGAGGUGGAGUUGGGGGUUGUAAUACGGUAAUUCCAGCCACCACCUCUUCACUUCACCUGACCUCUCCCUUCCACCUGUACCCUCUCCUUGCCCUUGUCCGACACUGUGCUUCUUGUCGACUUCGAAUGUUGAUAUAUUUUCAGUAGCUUCUUAGAAUGAAUACACCAGCUUCCUCUUUUAUAUGUGACAUCAUAAUAUUAGCUGGCGCCACAGUGGUUCGUGUGAUAUGUGCUUUAUAUUGUUGCUAUUUGAAGAAACGGAUGUGAAGUCUCUAAAAACACUUUUGUGUGGAUUUGAGUCUGAGAAUCCCAUUGAGCACAGUGAACAUAAGUACGUAAGGAGUCUGCAAGAGGCCGGUAGUGAAGUGAGGUGUUUCCCUUCCCUUUGGACACAUUAACCAGUGAGCAGCGAGUGAGCGUUCAUGCCCGUUUUUGCCCACCCUGAAGGAGGCGCGGCACCACAUACAUUCAGCAAACAGUAUAUUGACCCAUUUGAAAAGUUACACAUCCAGCAGCUGUCCCUGGAGCUGAAGACUGGCAACCCACCCCACUGUGAGACCACGUGUUUAGAUUUCUCACCGUGUUAUUCCAGCUCCUCUGAUGAUUAUUAUUAAUUACUGUUUGUGCCUUAA